AUGUCUCAAAAUAACGACGAUUAUCCUCGUGAAGCAUUUUUUCCUUUACUACCUAUAACAAGCACUCAAAGUCUCAAUGAAAUUUUUCAAGCUAAACUUGAAUUUCAUUCAAUGAAAGAUUUCAAACAAAAACAACAAAUUCCAUUAAUUCUUAAUAACAACGAAUCUGAUAAACAAUUUUUAUCUAAUAUACAUUUACAAUUGGAAUGUCUUUCCCAGUCAGCUGAUGAAAUUUAUUCACAAUUUAUUACUGAAAAACCAAAAAAUAUGUAA